AUGUCCCUAACCAACACCCUCGCCCGAUCGCCCACCCAUGUCCUGAGCUCGAGAGCUGCCCUCUCCCGAGUUCCCUCCAUAACCUCCACCACAGGGCCAGCAACCACACCUCUCCCGAUACCGAUCCCGCCGGCAGCUCCGAGGAUACUUGCAGCAGUCCCCGUCGUAUCACACCAGGAGCUGGCGCCAAUAUGGUUCAAUUCCACAUUCCCUCGAUUCGACCUGCUUGCACCCGGUAACAGGCCCGACGAUGAGCGGAAAGUCAAGCUGGGGAAGACUCUCCGCGUCAUCCAAGAGCGGCUCCCAAGCCUCCUCCAGUCGCCGCUACCGCAAGAGAUCCUCUCGCGCGACAUCUCGCUGCACCUCUUCCCCUCGACACACCCCUACCUACCGACGGUGUCCGGCCGGGUCGCCUACAUCGCGGCGCUGUGGUCGUCGCCCAUUGCGUGGAACCGCGUGCCCAUCAUCGGCAACGUGAAGCUGCAGAUCCUGAGCGAGCGCAUGACCAGCCAGCCGCUGUACUUCUCGCCGCGCCGGCCGGGCGCCUACGGCGAGCAGCUGGUCGUCAAGUGGAGGACGGCCUCGGCCAACGGCUCUAGCAACAAGAAUCUAAGUUUGACGGAGCAGGGCGAGCAGAAGCUGGAUGACAGCCUGCGGGGCUCGCAGACGGCCGGCGAGAAGAAGUCGUUUACGGGUCUGUUCAUCUUCGAGUUCGACAAGGAUGGGCGCAUCAUCAGCCAUACGAUCGAGCAUGUGGACGAGCAUGGCGAGUGGGAGAAGGGCGUGGGCGCUAGAGUGGUCGGACUGACAGACUGGUUGUUGGGCGGCAUAAAAGGGCGCACAGAGGGAGGAGCCUUGCCCGUGUUCGAGAUCACGGACAAGGACGGCGGAAAAGGGGUACGAUAG